UCCACAGUGAAGUUUCGCGCGCUGCACAAUCGCGACCAAGUCGGGAAAUUUCUUUGGAUAAUCGGUAGGAAAGCGCGUACUGUCUCCGAGAUUGAAAAACUUUUUGAUGUGUUUGUAAGGGAUAGGUGUUUUUCUUAAGGUGAUUUUAAGAAAAUUGGGGAUAAAGCUAUUUUCAUUGGACUUCGGUGAGGAUUUUUUAAAAUUAAGACGGUCCUCUUGAAUUAGCUGCCGCUCAGUGAGAAACCGCCUUUUCAACCUGUCAACAUAAUUAGGCAGCUCCUGAUAUUCCGCCUCAUCUAACCAGGGUAUUGUAAAUGGCGUCCGUAUCUCCGACACAUGUCGCUGAACUCAUUAAAAAUAAAAGUUUUCAACGCUGCGACACAAAUGUCAGCGAUGAGUGUUUUUGAAAUAAUCUUCUUUUAAUUGGCGGAACGUGGCUUUGCUCGAGGAUUUCCACAAAUGGAGUAUUAUCUGUGGCUACUGAUAUACGCUUGCAACAUCUGUGCGGCUGCAACUAUUAGUUCAGGCAUAAAAUGGGUACGAGUGAACGUCCCACAGUACCGAGUUCCAGGAGAGACUGCAAUGCUACAAUGUGAAUUCGACUUAGGCAACGAGACUUUAUAUUCGGUCAAGUGGUAUAAAGAUCACGAGGAGUUCUACAGGUUCGUUCCAAAGGAAAGACCUCAGGCAAAUUGGUUUGAAGUAGAAGGAGUGAAUGUGGAUAUGAGUCGAUCAGAUAGCAAAAAAGUUGUCAUUCGUCCCGUAAGUUGGAAGACCAGUGGACUGUUUAGAUGUGAAGUAUCUGCAGAGGCACCAUCGUUUGCUUCAGCCCAAAGUGAGGCCAAAAUGGAGGUUGUUGCCCUUCCUACUGAGAAUCCAGUAAUCACAGGCGUGGAGCAGGAAUAUCAAAUAGGAGAUGAAAUUAAUCUUAACUGUACGUCAGGAAGAAGUCAUCCAGCUUCCAUAUUACAUUGGUAUAUCAACGAACAGCAGAUUUCAAAACAGGACGCUCUAAUACCAUAUCCAGAAGAAUACCAUCAACACGGCCUAGUAUCAUCAGUAUUAGGCCUAAAAUUUAGGUUAGGCAAUCACCACUUCAGAGGUGGAUCGAUGAGGGUUAAAUGUGUAGCUUCGAUGACGCCAAUGCUUUAUCAAACAGACAGGGAGAGUGUGGUUCAAACUCAGACCUUACCGUUAAGGGAGGCACUUUUACUAGUUAAGAGUGUCUCUAGCCGAACGGAAUGGAGCAUGGCAGUUCUCUUGUUCUCAAUAGUUCACAUACUACUAACGUGAGUGGAUUAAAGUGUAAAUAAGUGGUAAAAUUGUUAAAAAAGUACUAAACUUUAAAAACUCAGUUGUGCAAUUCGAUGUCGCCUUGAACUGAACUGCUAUUCUUAGUGUCUACUUCGACUGUGAUAAAAUAUCUUAAUAAAAACUUUGUUCGUCCCCAUCCCCAUUAACUAAGAUUUAAUUAGGGAUAUAGACCAUUUUGUAAUACCUACUUUAUGUUUUCUAAAAACUUCAUUAAGGAUAUUGGAAAUAUUUUAUUUUAAAACCACAUUAUUUAUUUUAUUUAGAGUAUGGCGUUUCAACACAUUUAAAAGAUUGUAAUAAACAAUAAACAAGUUAGAACAAAAUUGGCUCUAUGUAAAAUAUACUUAAUCAUAAACAAUUUAUAGAACAAAAUAUCGACAUUGUUGAUGUAGAGCAAGCGUUCACAGGUGCGCAUCGCACGCAUCGG